AGACGUGGUUUGGACUUGUAUAUGUGCGAUACUCAGUAGAAGAAAAAUGUGUCCAAAAAAUUGCAUAGAGUGACGACAUUCUUCGGGUAUAAUCGUGAACAUGUCUUAUUUUAAGGUGCAUAAGAGUACGAACUAUGCAAAUAUUAUCCACUUGUGACCAGUCGUGAACUGUGCACGAAAACAUAUAUGUGAUGUUUCUGCCGCGUGACCGCUAAUGAAACUCGAGAAGCAUGUAGUGACCGCGCGUGGAUUUUCGCGUUCAUAUUUCUGUAAAAGAGUUUCACUUGCGAACACGCGUCGGGAUGUCUAGAACGAAUUUUAUCAUAAAAGGUAGCAUUUCACAUUAAUCCACGUGUAAUUUUUUGUGUAUAUAGGAAAUAACUUCAUGAAAAAAUUACACAUGGAUUAACGUGAAGUGCUACUUUUUGUAAUAAAAUUCGUUCUAGACAUUCUGAUGCGUGUUCGCCAGUGAAACUUUUUACUAUAGACUGAAUAUAUUUUCUGUAGGAAUAUGUCUAGGAAUCAUCUUGUUCCCCGGGAGGAAGUAUUAACUAAAAACAGUUUCGAAACUAGGAAAAAAGGUUUAGGAAGUUUCACGAGUAACCACGCGUGGGAAACUUUUUAUACGUAGUAACUUGUGAGGACUGAUCCGACAAGUAUGAAUAUGAGAUUUAUUCAUUAGUUUCUUAGGCAAGCUAGCUCAAUAGUAGUAUCGUAGUUUUCUAAUUUAAAGUACCCUGGUUCGACUCUUACUUUGUGGUGAUAUAUAUAAAAUGUGAUAUUUUAGAAACUAGUGGUCACACGUGGAAAAAGUUAUAGAUGAAGUUGCGUUGAGGAAGAUUUCGUUAUACCUUGACCAUAGUCACAAUGGUCAAGAGUUUUUCACACAUAAUCAUGCGUGGAGGGAUUCACAUGUGUACACAAGUGAACAAUCUCCACUCGUGAACACGCGUUUGAUGUUGCAAGUGCAUGAUCCCGAAGUCGUGAAACUUGCUGUCUGUACCUCUCAAAUUUUGUGAAAUUUCAAGCAGAAGUUCAAUGACCCUCACACGUGAAAUAUCGAUAAAAUUUCCCCAUGGGUAAUGUACUUUACUUGCGCCUAUUUCAUGUGUUUUAUACCGUGACACAUUCUUAGCGUCUUUUUUAGAGGACACUUUCGCCGUGUCACUGGGCGGAGCACAUUUACAAAAAAAUUUCUCCAUCGAGUUUAUCGAUUUUUUGUUACCUUUCGUCUUCAUAGUUUGAUAUUGUACGAAUUUAAUCUUCUACUAUACUCUAUGGCAGUUGAUCUUGUGCGAGUGACUAGACGCAACGCAACAUCAAGUCUCCAGUCGGAGAAAAACAGACAUAAGUUGUAUGUAGUACAAGUUGCAGCUGAGAAAAACUUACAGGAGUUUACGAACUCAUCGAAGUUCAAACAAUACAACAAGAUGUUGAGAAAAAUGCUGAAAAUUUAUAAGAAAAUCUGCGUCACCCACAUAGUUAAGCUAUCGGUAAAGCAAAUCAGGUAAAUGUGGCAUCUCUCGCACCACUCGAUCCAUAUAUCUCAAACAAAGACGUAAAGGCAAUAGACAUUUCUACUUGUUAACUUGUCGUAAACGCUGCGUUGGAUAUUUUUGUUAUGAUUCAAAUGAAAAAUUGCAGUCAUAUAUCAAACAAAUUAAAGUAUAAAUUUGAAAAGAAUGACACAGAAAUUACUCGUCUAUGUUCAACGAGACAGAAAUAUUCAUAAUACGGUUUUCAGAUCCAGACUAUUUUCAUCGAUGAUGAUGAGAUAGAUGUUUUCACGUUGACUCGCAUAUAAUCCUGACAAUGUUAUACGUACAAAUAAAUCACUACCUCAUGUUUAUGUAUUGUAUCUUUUCUAGUCACAGUGCGAGGCAAAAGUAGUAGUGAUAGAUUUCAAGGAAUUCUUAUGAUGGCACGUGAUUUAGAAAAUAAUGUGAUUGGAACGUGGGACGUGACAAAUACCGCAGUAAAAACAGUCACUUGUGGAAAGGAGUUGGUACAUGUCGUUGAAGGAACACCAUGCUCUGGUGUCAUCGAAUCACAUGCUGAAGAUGGAGCACCGCCAGCAACAUCAAAAAGUAUGCAAAAAAUUAGUGAUUAUCGAAACCAAUCCAAGGAAUUAUUACCAUGUGAUGUAACAAGUGCUGAUUUAUAUCAAACCAUAUCUUCAACAACAUCCAUCGAAAAUAAUCAAAAUCAAAUCAUCACCCUAUUGCAUACAGAGGGUGCUCCCGUUGCUAAAGUGAAUGAUAAAUCUUUGUGGCCCAUUCAAGCAACCUUAUACGAAAUUGCACCAUCACUUAGAGAUCAUAAACAAGCCAUUAUGAUAUUUGGAGCUUGGCUUGGAAUUCGUCAUCCUGAUAGAAAUUUUUUAUGGAGAAGUAUCGUUAAUCAAAUUCAACAGUUAUUCAAAGAUGAAAUUAUACUUACAAUCAACAAAAAUCACAUUAAAUCUAUUGUUAAGACACAAUUAAUAAUAUUUGAUCUUCCAGCACUUGCAUUGAAUUGUAACGUUAUACAAUACAAUGGAUAUAAUAGUUGCCCAUUCUAUUCAAUAACAGGUAAAUUGAUCGAUAAACAAGUGCUGUAUCCACAUUCAUCUACUCCAUGCCCAUAUAAAACAACUGAUGAUUAUCGAAGAUAUGAAUUAUCGAGUUCUUAUUCAGUUACAACUAUGGGUAUUAAAGGGCCAACGCCAUUGUCCGAUGUACUUUUUUCAAUUCAAAUUGCCGUCGACUACAUGCAUUUGACUUGUAGCGGCCAUGUAAAGACUUUAUUCGGAUACUGGCACAAGAUGCCACGUGUGUUUCAAGAAGCGCCAGAUUAUUACCCCUUAAUUAACGAUUGUAUUACCCCUUAA